GCAACGAGGAAACUCUGUAACUGCAUUGUUAAAGGAAGAAAAUAAUAACUCUGAGAUUAUGUCCUUAUAGUUCUUCAAAAACAUAGAAAAUAAGGAAGAGCAGUCUUCUCUCGUUGCAGAAUUAAUGAAACAGUACCCCUUCUAAGCAAUUCUAAACUUUUAGAGGAAAAACUCGCUCAAGUAUCAGGCAAUUGCUUUAAAAAGCAUAUAUCCAUAUAACACACUCUAAGUUAGUGCAAUCAAUGACUGCCUGAUGCCAACAUAUUAGGAACAAUCUAGUUUAGUUCGACAUGUAUAUAAGUUAAAUUUCGAGUGGUUCUGAUAUACAAGUGCUUGUUAAAUGCAGCAAAUAGAUCUGGAAUAUCGAGUUUCAACGCUUUGGUGUUAGUACGAAAAACUGGACAUUUAUUACUGUCAUUCUUUUAUCUCUACAUGUAUUCCUUCAUUGCGUAAGUAACCCAUUUGCUCCAUAAGUAAUGAAGGUCUUCAUAUUUCUAUUUGUAACUAAUUACUUUGCGGAUGUUUUGGCCAGAAACUCACAGAUGAUAUGUCCUGAUGAUAGAUUUUAUAACAAGAAAACAGGAAACUGCACAGAAUGUCUGCCAGGAUAUUUUGCAUCAAACUGCUCUAAACUGUGUCGAUACCCUAACUACGGUAAUGAAUGCCAGGAUCAAUGCCCGUGUAGAGAAGAGUAUUGCAAUCACAUUUUUGGAUGCAUCGAAGAUCCUCAAGAUAUCAAAGAACCCAAAGACAGAGUCAACACCAUCAUUGCGGUAACAGUUACUGGAAUUAUUCUUAUCAUCAUCGCUUUCAUCAUUUUAUCCAUAGCAAACCGAAAAUUCUUCACCAGACACAUCAGUCAAAACGCUCACUACGUCGACACUGUAAUAGCUGAACAUACAGAGCACACAUACAAUCCUCACUUACAUCGUAAUACAGAAUACUCUAGGCCUGAUGAAACCUGUGCUCAAACCGACAACGGAAUGUAUAUGUUGGCAAAUACACUUCUAUACGAAUAUACCGCCGUUCAUAAAGAUUAUAGUCAGCAGAACGUAUAAUUCAUACACAAAAGGGACGAAAACAAAUUUAAUGCCCAAGAUAUGAUUUUCAUAAAACUUUUAAAAUAUAAAGGUGUUUUUCUAAACGCUGUGUUUGAAAGCUUUUCUUGUGUAUCAUGAUAUAUAUUUACUUCUUUUGUUGAUGUUGUUUUUGGUAUUUUGACUUGCCUAGAUAGCCAAGCGGUCUAGCGCGCUGUUCAUGCACUGCAAGGAGACAGAUUCCGAAGGUCGAGAGUUCAA